CUUGAAGUUCCAUCCGACCUCUUCUUUACUCAACUACAAACCACACACACACGCACACACAGACAGAAACAAGCAACUUAAGGCACCCAGCUUCUACUUCAUACCAGGAACAACAGCACCGACUUUCCGACCAGUUACCAUCACGAACGUUCAACGACUACUAGCAUACGCCGGCGACUUCUCUUUGCUUUGAUCACGACACAUUUCGGACUUAACACGCUGCUACUAAUCUAACCGCCACUUGUAAUACAGCGUCACUUCAAGUGCGACUCUACUCUCUCUUUUCUAAUUUGAUAUCAUCCUCUUUUCAUCUGCCCGUCUGUCGCAGAGUUCGCUCUGCGAUUACACUCCUUUGUCCCCUGGUAACAACACAGCACAACUCCCGGACACAGCCCAGUGCUCAACUGCCUCGACGCUCUCGAUAUUACCGCUCGAAUUCGCCAAUAGCUCUCUUGUCCUACGUUUCUCUGAGCAUACGCCGUGCAACCCACGUAGAACCGUCUCGUUUACCAAGGCUCUUCACCAUAUACAUACCUGCCGUAUUCACUCUCUGAACGCCGGCCAGUUGUGUCUCUACGUACAUUGAGACCUUUCGACGCUUGUUGCUUCAUCCCCUCGGGCAGGAACCUGCUCGACCCUCUCCCGAGUUGCCAUUCAUGCCAGCCUCUAAGAAAGACCGGAAGAAUGGCAAGGACAGUGGCGGAGUGGUCGCAGCGGUGACGAAACAGGGCGCCAAGUUCUCAAACACGACUGACGCUAAAGACGCCUCGUCCAGUCCGUCGCCGACCGCUACCCCGAUACCGGCAGUGUCGGUUCCCGAUAGCAUGCCUUUUGCACCCUCGCCCCGUGAUCGAAUCACUUCCCCUUAUCUCGACGCUGUCUCCACGGCUUCGUUCGCAACAAGCCCCUCGCCGAACGCUAGGGAAUGGAUAAAGAACCUGCCAACUAUGGCAGGCUCGCCCGGAAAUCUUAUUAGUUUGGCGGGCGAGUCGCCUCCUACUGCUCCCUCGUCAUAUACUCCUUCAUCAUUCGAUGACACACGCGGGAUGUCCUCUGGCUGGUCUUCGCCCAGGCCUCCCAGCAAUCUCUAUGCAGCUUCGGUAUCACCUCCAACUGCGGGCCGCCGGCCGAUGAGUUUCCACAUGGCUAGAUCCCCUGCGGAGCUUCAUGGACAUUUAGGCGAGCCAGCAUCUAGGAGAAGCUCGAUGCAUUCGCACUUUGCGCGUGCUGGAAAUCCACCGCUGCCUCACCAACCGCAACCUCACUUUUACGGUGCACCCGACUUUAACCUAGACACACAUCGCCACGAUGGCAUCAAGGCGGGCGAACGAGGCUACUAUUUUGGCUAUGAUAUCAUUACCUCUCCAUCUUUGAAUAAUGUUAUGAGGAAUGACAAGGUCGUCGUGGCUGGAUACGAGGGCGGUUUGGAAGUUCACAAGCUUACAAAGGGAGGUCGCUUGGAACCCUUGGCGAGUCUGAAGGGAUUGCGUGGAGGCGUAUAUCACGCCAAGGUUCUUCCUUGGACGGCUGCGCAAGCGGACGUAUUCCCGCUGAUCGCAGUUGUUGUCCAUGGUCCAGAUAUUCCCCCUAUCCAGUCGGCUUCUACCUCGGCUCCCAAAACCGAAGGCGACUAUGAUGCCGUGUCUGAGGAAAGGUCCGAGGCCAUGGCUAACGUCCCACUUGACGCUCCUAAAGAUACGCCCGGUGAUAGGGCGGUACCUGGUUUCAUAGAGUGUUACCAGACGACCGUCGAGGUCUACUCGCUCAAGACCAACAAGCUAAUCGACAUUCUGCUUGAGGCACCGAAGAUCCCAUUGAAGACUUCAGUCCUCAGCCCAAUCUUCCAAGCGCCUCUCCCGUCGGGUGCUUUCCUCAUUCACGCAGAUGGCGGAAGUGUUGUCGUAUCAUCUGGAAUCACCGGCGAAUGCUGGGUGUAUCAGCAGGUGGUAACGGAUGAAUUGGCGCCGCGUUUCGUUUGCCAUGGAAAACUUUGGACAACACUCCAGCAGACUCCGAGAGGCAGCGAUGGAUCGCAGGACAUGGACCGGAAUUACACUCCAGUGCCGCCUCGUCCACGGCCUCAGAUUGCAAUUUUGAGCGUCAGAGGCAAAUGGAUCGCUUACUGCCCUGCUACGCCAUCUUCGCAGAUAAGUCUUCGAGCGACUGUCCCGGUUCCAAUCUACGGUCGGGCUCCGAAUCUGUCUUCGUUGACGCCUGGUCAGCUGCCACCCGUUUCUUCUGAAAUCGAUCUUCCGUUGGGUGACAGUGUUGUGAACAAGAUUGUGCGAGAUGCGACCCAGGAGCUUAUCCAAGGUGCCAAAUGGGUUGGCAAACAGGGUUGGCAGGCUUGGAACAGCUACUGGAAUCCGCAAGCAAACCCGACCAGCCGGUCUCCUGUUCUCGCUCCUCAAAGCUGGGGAGGUUCUGCCCAGCCAGACCCUUCCCAGUUUCCUCCGACACAUGGUGCCAUUACUCCGCCAAUUGCGAAGGAUCCGAACAUGAUUUCGAUUGUGGAUUCAGAGACCUUGUCCUCAUCGGCCACUAUCCAUCCGGUCACCAGCUUCCACAUUCCCCAAGGUUGCAGUUUCUUGUCUUUCUCUCCGUCUGGCCUAUCUCUCUUCACUGCCAGCUGCAAGGGAGAUGUCCAGACUGUUUGGGAUUUGAUGCGUUUACAGUACACCAAAUCGUCGCCCUUGCAGGGUGCCGGCUUGUCUGUCACGGGAGGCCCGAGAGUGCGCCAGGUUGCCCAGUUCUCCCGUAUGACAGUGACCCGCAUUGUUGAUGUGGCCUGGACUAAGCCGAAUGGUGAGCGCAUAGCCAUGGUCACGGAGCGUGGAACCGUUCAUAUCCUGGAUCUACCGGCAAGCGCCUUCUCGUGGCCUCCUCCACGCCGCCGGAUCAGGCCGAGUGAGGCAACAAACUCGGCCUCGGAGGGAACUUCUGCAGUUGCGAUUGCUUCCAACGCCCUGAGCUCGGUCCGUGAAGUCGCCCGGCCACUCAUCAGCCGACCACGCAGGACUAGUAGCAACGGACAGCUUGUAGGGUCUGGAAUUGGCGAUUAUGCAACACACGGUGGAAAGGUUAUCGCUGCGAGCAUCAGUCAUUCUCUCGGCAAAACUGGACAUGCCAUUAGCCAGCUGAGGCACACAGGCGAAAACCGAGUCUCUCUACCGAACAGCAACUCUGCUCCAGGAACGUCAUGCGUGACGUGGGUGACGGGUAAGAGGGGCCAUUUGCUCUAUGUUCUGGGCAAUGGUCUCGUUCGCUCGUUUGUGGUUACGAACCGAAGAACAUCCGGAGGCGAGCGACGAGCUCCACGACUUUCCAGAUAUAAGGAUGUGAAGGUUCCUUUGAUGCCGGACCUCUCGUUGGCAGCCCGCGCGAAGGCUUUCGUCGACCAGGAAGAGUACUACGAGUUCACGGAGAGGGGCCUCGAUACGGGCAAUGAGACGUUGGUCCUCGAUCGAUAUCGAGCUAAAGCAAAGAUGACCAACCUUGCCAUCCGGUCAUCAAUUCCACAGGCGGAGAUAGAGUCUAGCGCGCCGUAUCAACCUUUUCACACUGACCGGCGUGUUGCCCUAUACGAGGUUGAAGACGGGUCGGACGCAGCACAGCUUUCAGAGCGCAUGGGUGCGGCGUCCCUUGACAACUCGGUGAUCGAACCCAGUCAGAGAAAGCAGAAGGACCCGCGAUCCUCACUGCGCGAAUAUGAUAAUCUAAAGCCAGGAGCCUCUCAGGCAUGGGCUUUUGGCGGCAAUAUCCAAGGAAGAAAGCUGGAUUUGGGGCUGCAUCAGCUGGGAGAUGACGAUUUCCUGUUCAACGACGACCUGAGGGCUCUUCCUCCUUCUGCGAUGGAGCGAGUCCUUGAACGGAACGGUGACACUGACCAGGUUGUUGUCACCACUCGUCGGAAGCGUGGAGUUUCCCGCUUGACCGCCCAUGAUUAUGAUGGGUUCUUUGAGGAUGAUUGUGAGGUGCUCGAUUUUGCCGACCAGCGAGUUUGAGCAAAACCAGGAACAGCCGCCCUUUUUUUCCCCCACCGGCGCAGUGUGUGCUUGCUUGUUUGACUUCGUUUAAGGAUCUGCUUGGCUGUAUUGACGGUGGUGAGCUCUACAACCACAAAAACAAAUCAAAGCAAAAACUUUGGAUUAUACUCAUCAGCCAUGGCUUCUUCGCAUUGGCCAUUAGUGGCUCUGCUUUUGAGUCCACCUCUUGCUGGGGCUAGGAUGGAGUUUGGGUACCAGCUUUGUUGGAGAUGGUUGUGCUGUGAGCAUGCAACUUUGAUAGGGGACACUGGGCAAAUGUUGGGUUGCUACUUGAGUAAUUAGCAUAUACGGAAACCAGUAAAGCGAGACAAGCAAAUAAUAGACGAACAACUUUGCAAAUA